AUGAACGGUCUUCAGGCUUUUUGGAGGUUUUUCAUCACCCCUACUGGCUUCUUGAUCACCAUAUAUGGCCUCAAUAUUGUGGCAUGGGGUGCUAUGCUCUUCUUCCUACUUCUCAAAGCAGCACCUGCCAUGAAUCACCCCUCAGCAGACGAUAAUAACUCGCCACGCAAAAUUUGGUUAGAAAUCGAUAGCCAGAUCCUGAACGCCCUCUUCUGCGUCACGGGCUUUGGCCUUGCUCCAUGGCGCUUCCGAGACUUUUACUGGUUGGUCCAAGUCAUACAUUUCCAUGAUCACGCUGCGAUGCAUCGCUUGACUGUGCAGAACAAGGCAUGGUUCCGUCCUUCAGUUGAGUAUGCGGAUGCUUUGCCUGAUACUCCUACUUUCACAGGGGAACAGGCACCACCAACACCGCUAUGGAAGCUAGCAUUCACUAUUGAUAUGAUGGUUCUCAAUAGUCUGUUCCAGGUGGUUCUUUGCUACUUCAUGUGGGGUUAUAACCGUCUUGAUAGACCAUCUUGGGCCACUGGUACGUUCAUUGGCCUAGGAUGUGGCGUAGCAAUGUUUGCGGGAAUCUUGUCCUGGUGGGAAGGCCGGAAGGUCAAAAAGAUUGAAGGUCCACUAGUAAAAAUCGUCGAAGUUUGA